AUGGGUAUUUUCCAGAAGUCCAAGCGACUCGUCGCAGAAGAUCACAACAUUCUGAGAGCACGACGAGAUGGUGCGAGAGGCGCUCGCGCCCUUCCUCGAGUAGCGGGCAAGUAUCUGGUCGAUAAGGUACCGGUGGUGCACUGGGCCCCGCAUUACAGCCCGCGAUGGCUAGCCAACGACUUUCUUGCUGGCAUCACUGUCGGUGUGAUGCUUAUUCCUCAGGCUCUAGCCUACGCUAAGAUUGCGACAAUUUCUGGAGAGUACGGGUUGAUGAGUAGCUGGCUGCCCAACUUCCUUUACUUCUUCAUGGGCACAUCAAAAAGACAUGUCAACAGGACCAACUUCACUGCUCGGUCUCCUGACGGCAGAGAUCCCAUGUGCAUGGGCAUCUACUGCUUAAUCAUUGGUGGACUCAAACUUGGUUUCCUGCUUGAGUUCGUCUCCAUACCCGUUCUGCACGGCUUCAUUUCCGCUGCAGGUAUUGUGAUCAUGCUCGGCCAGAUUCCAUCACUCUUUGGUGUCAAGGUUGGAACAGGUACAGCCAAGAUCAUCCACGAUCUCUUUGCUCAGAUUCCGGACUUCAAAGGCCCCACCGUCGGUGUCGGCCUGGGCGGUAUCGUACUUCUGGUCGCUCUGCAGAAGAUGGGCCAGAAAUGGGGCAGCAAGAACAAGACAAUCUGGUUCAUCGCUUUGGGUCGCGCUGCAAUCGUUCUGGUUCUCUUCACUGGCAUUUCCUACGGCGUCAACAAGGACAUCGAUCUUGACAACGACGACCCUGUAUGGGAGCUGAGCAAGGUCAAGUCCAACGGUAUCAACGCCCCGAAGAUGCCCCCGAGUGCACUUUUCUCCAGAGUGUUCCCCCGCGCUGUCGCACCCUUCCUUGCCGGUGUCAUCGAACAUCUUGCCAUCGCCAAAGCCUUCGCCCGCAAGAACGGCUAUGUUAUCGACCCGGCACAAGAACUUGUAUACCUCGGCGUGACAAACUUCUUUAAUAGCUUCUUCUCCUCCAUGGCCGUUGGUGGCGCCAUGUCCCGCACAGCCGUCAACUCCUCGACCGGCGUGAAAUCGCCCGCCUACGCCAUUAUCGCUGGCGGCGUCGUCGUCCUCUCUAUCUUCGAGCUAAGCCCCGCCCUCUUCUGGAUCCCCAAAGCCACCCUCGCCGCCAUCAUUGUCACAGCCGUGUGGGGUAUCCUCUCGCCCCCUAAGAUCUUCUGGCACUUCUGGAAGACCUCCUUCGUUGACUUCGUCGCCUCCAUGCUCGCCUUCUGGCUCACUCUCUUUGAGUCCAGCGAAAUCGGCAUCGGCGCUGCAGUCGGCUUCCAGCUCGUAUACCACAUUCUCGUGACGGCUUUCUCGCGCGUGCACCGCGUCACAGCUGUGCCCGAGCGUGACCCCAACGUCGACUUUAACGACAUGCCCACCGAUGUCCAGGUCUUCAAGCCCCACCAGUCGCUUAUCUUCUACAACGCGUUCAGCAUCACGAACCAGUGCUUCGACGCCAUCCAGACGUACUCCUCUGGCGCAAACAUCUCCUUCGAGGUGCUUCGUGCGCAGCGCAACUGGAGUACUGCUGGUGAGCGACGUGCGAAGGCGCUGAGGAAACGCGCGGGUAUCACGAUGGAGCCGUCGAGACUGCAUCUCGUUGUGCUGGAUAUGAGUAUGGUCACCAUCAUCGACACUACAGGCUUGACUGCGCUGCAGGAUCUCAAGGCUGAUCUGGAGCGGUACGCAGGGAAGACUGCGGAGUUGAGAUUCGCCAAUGUGCAUAGGGGUGUCAGGGAACGCUUCGAGAGGUUCGGCUGGGACUUGUACGACGGUGGUGCCCUCCCUGUUGAGAAACGCACCGAAGAGAGAAAGGGUAAUGCGGUGUUCAACAGCGUUGUGGAAGCUGUGCGACACCCUCGCGUCGGGUCGGAGGACCCCGAGGAGGUUGUAGUUGUGGGAUCUGAGAAGGUUUAG